AUGGAGGUCGUCCAUGUGUACACGAAGCUUCGCAAAGAGUUUGGUCGCCCGGCUCUGUUUUCUGACCGGUUUGAGGAGCUGCUGCUGGACCUUCCCCCGGAACCGAGCCUGGCGGCGCAGUUCGUCCAGAAACCUUACAGAGACCAGGCCGUGCAGGCCUGCAGGGACAUGUCCGAGCACCAGAUAAACAUGGAGCACUUUGAGUCCAUCAACUGUGGGACGAACCACGUGGAGGGCGGAUGGCCCAAAGACAUCAACCCCAACGAGAUGGAGCAAACCAUCCGCUUUAGGAAGCAGACAGAAAAAGAUGAGGGCUACAUCCACAGCAUCCUUCAGCUGGGCAGCGUCAUGGAGCACCGGAUCAAGGAGAACAAUGCCACGGACAUCUACCAGCAAUACUUACAGGAAAUGGAAGAGGUGGAAGAAAUUCAAGAACCACCUUCUGCGAAGACCAUCAGUAUUUUCAGAGAUCCUAAUGAGCUGAAACGUACCAUCACUGGCCUGUCGUGGCAUCCUGAUGGAGGCAGGAAGCUGGCUGCAGCCUACUCCUGCCUUGAGUUCCAGAAAGCCUCCAGGAAUACAAGCCUGGACUCCUACAUCUGGGAUAUUGAGAAGCCAAACCAGCCGGAGAUAACUCUGAAACCAGCAUCUCUACUUGUCUGUCUGGACUACAACCCAAAAGACUCCCACACUCUUGUUGGAGGCAGCUACAAUGGACAGAUUGCUUACUGGGACACCCGGAAAGGCAGCCAGCCUGUGGAGUAUUCUUCUAUGGAACACAGUCACAGAGACCCAGUCUACAAGAUCAUCUGGUUGCAGUCCAAGACUGGGACUGAUGCCUUCUCUGCCUCCACUGAUGGACAGAUUCUUUGGUGGGACAUCCGUAAGCUGAGCGAGCCCACAGAAUGUCUGGUUCUGGAUCCAAGCCGGGAGGGAAAUCUAGACCGUGCUUUAGGUGCCAUUUCUCUGGAAUUUGAGGCCACUAUGCCAACUAAGUUCAUGGUGGGGACGGAGCAGGGCCUGGUCGUGUCCUGCAACAGGAAGGCAAAGACUCCAGCUGAGAAGAUCGUUUGUACCUAUGACGGCCACCACGGACCAAUCUAUGCCCUGCAGAGAAAUCCAUUCUUCCCCAAAAACUUUCUCACGGUGGGCGACUGGACGGCUCGUAUCUGGUCUGAGGACAUCAAAGAAUCAUCGAUCAUGUGGAGCAAGUAUCAGAUGUCAUAUCUGAUGGACGCCUGCUGGAGUCCUGUCAGACCCUCCGUCUUCUUCACUGUAAAGAUGGACGGCAUGCUGGAUAUCUGGGACAUCCUGUUUAAACAGCGCGACUCCACACUCAGUCUGAAGGUGUGUGACAAACCUCUGUACAGCCUUCGUGUUCAGGAUAACGGGCGUCUGUUGGCAUGCGGCUCUCUGUCUGGUGAAGCCACGCUGCUGGAGAUCUGCUCUGGACUGUCGACCCUGCAGAAGAAUGAAAAGAGCCUUGUGGCUGCGAUGUUUGAGAGGGAGACGAAGCGGGAAAAGAUCCUGGAGGCCCGUCAGAGGGAGAUCCGUUUGAAGGAGAGGAGUCGUUCUGAACAGAGCAAAGAGGAUGAAACGGUACGAGAGGAGGGCGAGGACGACGCCGAGCAGCUCAUCGCCAGAGCUGAAAGUGACUUCUACAGCCUGGUGGAGGUAGAGUUCAGGAGAAGACAGAAGGCCCCACAGGUGAGAGAAAAAGAUCUUAAAAACGAAGUAAAAACUGUUGAAACCCAAGAGGAAACGGGUGAAACUGAAAAGUAG